AUGGACGAUGAAACUGCACAUAAUCACAAUCAAAAGGAAUCUGCUAUUUUUAAGCGUACAAAUUCAACGGAAAAUCGUUUUAUAAUGAAUCAAGCUAAAUUAGAAAUUAAUUCAACUCAGUACCUUCCAGGUAUUCACGAUCCAGGCCCUCUUACUUGGCCCGAGAACAUGGAUAAUAAUGCCGUCGAAUCGAUGGAAACCGGGGUGAAUAGAUACGCCAAAGCGGAAGCUCAAUUGGACGAAUUAAUAGAAGAAAUGAAGUUAUACAGACCCGACAUCGAAAUGGUAGAACCCCAACCAAACCAGCAACGCAAAAUGCCAAAGAAGAAAACCAUCAAGCAGUUAUUUACAGUAGCCAGUAAAUUUCAACGUAACCUCCGUAGAGGCGUUUACCUAGCGUGCGUUCUAUAUCACGAAGACAGAAUACUAGUAACAAACGAGGACUUUGUACCCGUUAUCGAAAUCGACGAGACAUUCCCGAGCUCCGUUCACAACGAUCUCCAUUGGCUGAUGAAGGUGUCCUGCACUUGGAACGACACGAAACUCAUCCGAUUGGAAAUGGAAAAGAACGUUUCCUCCUCGAUACACUUCCGUUCGAAAAUCCUCUCGGCCGUCAUACAGAUGCAAUCGUCGCUGGGCGUCCAAAAUCUCGGCCAAAUUUACUACAAAGCUUUGAAAGACGCCCGCGGCACAAUGGUCAUCAGCACCGUGAACUACAUCAAAUACCCCAAAAGCAUAUCGUUGCUCAACUCCAAAUGGGUGUCCACUAACAAAGUGUUCAAGAAGAUCGUGCUGAGCGACGAUUUGAACCUGUCCGAGCUCCUCAUGGCUAGCGUUCAACAGCAAAUUAUUUACCACCAAGUGUCGUCGCUGAAGCUGAGCAGGGGCUUGUACUUGGCCUAUUUGAAGAUGGAAAGCUCCGUGGAGGCUAUUAAGAUCGUAGUCGGUUCGAAAUCCCCGAAUAUGCUGCCGCAUUGUAAAAUCAGGGACAACCCAAACGUUUCAAGCGAAGAAUGGCAAUACUUGAAGCUGCAUUAUUGCCCUAAAAGCACGAUCAGCGGUACCGAGCAGCAUCAGACGUUCCUCGAACUGGUGACGAGCGCUUGCAAAAGGUUGUUCAAUUACAUGGAUAUAAACGGAGAAGACGUCUUCGCUCAUCGAAUAUACGAUUCGGAAAUUAUAAAUCUAACGGAAAACGUUAGUUUUAUGUUGCUGUGUCCUUCGGCGGAACUGGCGUGUUCUAUACCGGCCAAAAGGGACCUGCUUUUACAAAGGGACGAUUUACUAAGCUUACCUCUACAGGUAUUCGAAAUGAUACAUCUCAAUACGUACAGAACGGCUAUAACGCAGAAAUUUUCUAAACUGAGCUGCCUGUUAGAAAUCGAUACUAUUACGGCUAAUCACCUGCACAGAAAAGCUUUCUCCAACAGCGAAGUGUUGAUAGCGAAGGAAAGAGUAAUGAAACUGCAAGAGCUAGAGCAACGUUUGAACGCAAUAUGGAAGACCGUGAGGUGGUUGAUGAACGUUAUUUGUUUUGCCAGGGAUCGAACAGCACAAGGAACCUCUACGAGGACCCUCCUUCAGCGAUCGUCGCGCAUGUUCGGCGCCGUUCCGCAAACGUUGCAGGUCAAACCGGAGGAGAGCUUGCUGAACAAAUCCUUCGGAAGAGGCUCCUGGCCCGGACCGGGCAAUACAAUAGCCGCCGAUGCUCACAUAAACGAGUUCAGCAAGAGCGAGCAAAACCUGAAAACCAAGGAAUUCGCCACGAUUAAUCCGCCCGACGACGAGCAAUCCAAACGGCCGAUCGGCGAAUCGAAAAGCGACAACAUCCUGACGAAAAUCAGCGUCAAAUGCAACCCGCAGCGCGCCAGAUCGAACACCAUAUGCAACUUUUCGUUCAACGUCGCCCUGAAGCCGAAACCGACCGAAGGUUUGGCCCAAUUGGGCGAUAAAGAGGCGCUCAUUCCGCCGCCGCCGCCGCAAAACAAGCGGAAGAAAUCCAAACUGGUCUCGUCCAAAAGCAUGACGAACGUCAAGCAAACGUUGAGCUUCAAGUUCAAGUCGGGCCAUUCGAACACUGUCCAUCCGGACGUCGAAACGCACUUAUCGAAGAGCUUGAAUAACAUCAAUAAGGUGGUUUCUGAGCUAAAGGACGAAUGCACCGAGGAACCCGAAAGCAAAAGGACCGUUCGAAGCUCGAGAGUAUUGCGGUAUCCGUUCAAAAACGACAGUGGGAUUUUGCAAGUUUUCGCCGCCUACGAAACCGGUCUAGCUAGCGGCACGAGUCUGAAACUGCACGUUACUCCGCGAACGACGGCUAGAGAAGUGGUGGAUUUGGUGAUAAAGCAGCUCAACAUGGCCGUGGUGCUGAAAGGGAAAGAGGGGCCGGUGUACAACCUGGACAAGCUCAGCAAUUUCUGCCUGGUGGCCGUGAUAGGCGCCAGGGAGCGCUGUCUCCGGGACGAUUUCAAGCCGUUGCUGUUGCAGAAUCCUUGGAGGAAAGGGAGAUUGUACGUGAGGCAGAAGCAGGACGUGCUGGCUGCGCUCGAGCACAGUAGCAGGCACAGUACCAUCAUUUAA